AUGUCAUAACCUUGCGGUUGAAAACUGCAUGAUUAAACGUUAAUCCAGGCAAAAUCUAUCCCUAAUAGACCUCUUCUAUUUUUGGAAGCAACAUAUGUCUGUACAAUUCUACCAAACUACGCAAAAAAAAUUGAAACCUCGUUUAGUAUCUACAAACCUAUCUUCUCCAUCUUUCUCUCUCUAAACAACCCUAGAGAGAGAAGGAGGUGGAUCAUGAUCUACGUAUUUCGUCAACAUAGGUCAUGAUCAAUUCGUUUCUAGUCAUUUCAUCUCUUUCUCUGUCAACCCACAACCGAUUUAACCGUCCUCAACAACCUCUCUCUUCGUUUCCUAAAUCAUUCCAAAAAUGGCAUUAUCGAAAAGAUCAUUCAAGAAUUUCGUGGUAGAAGAGCUCGGUGAAUUCCCUCAUUUCCUGCUAUGGGCUAUUCUCGAAUGGAUACUAAUCGCAUCUCUUUACAUCGAUGGGCUCCUUGCAUUUCUCUCGAGCGUAUUCGCCAAGAUUUUCGAUCUGGAACCACCAUGCGUGCUCUGCACUCGUGUCGACCAUGCACUCGUGUGUAAGGACCCGAAUACUUAUUACAACGACUCCAUAUGCGAGUGCCACAAAAAGGACAUAUCUUCGUUAGCAUAUUGCCAUAUUCACAGAAAACUUGCGGACAUCAAGAACAUGUGUGAAGGUUGUUCUUUUGCGUUUGCAACUGAGAAAGAAUCUGAUAUACAGUCGCUUUUGGGGAGGACGCAAAAAGAGAAGGAUGGGUUUACUGAAGACGAUAAGAAGGUUUUGAAGCCUGUGAAUAGGUGUUCGUGUUGUGGUGAACCUUUGAAAAUGAGAGCUGUUUCUAAAGAUUACACUAGAAGCCUUUCAAACCUUCGUGCUUCAACAGCAUGGAAAACCGAGGAUUCACGGUAUACAGAGCUCAGAUUUUUAUCAGAUACCGAGCCAGAUAUGCCAGAGUACCACUUCGGUUUAAGCACAUACGCUAAAUAUGACGAACUGCAUGAAGACUGUUGUAGAACUCCAAAUUUGUUAAAAAGUAACAAGUUAUUUGGGAUCCCACUAACAGAUUCAGGUUCAGUUAGCCCGAGACGUGCUAACAGGAUUUCAAGAAAAGCAUCAAUGGAAAAAUACGAUUUGGCAUCAGACAAUGAUGAAGCUUCAGGAGAUGGUGAUUCGAGUCUUCAACAGAUAAAGAAACAAGCACGUAUAGAUCAAAAGACUCUUAUGAAAUUGUCUAUGGAACUUGAUGAAGAAAGAAGCGCUGCUGCUAUUGCAGCUAAUAAUGCUAUGGCAAUGAUCACACGGUUACAGGCUGAGAAGGCGUCUGUGCAAAUGGAGGCGUUGCAGUAUCAAAGAAUGAUGGAAGAGCAUGUUGAGUAUGAUAAGGAAGCUAUUCAAAUACUUAAAGAUUUGUUAGCUAAGAGAGAUGAACAUUUAAAGGUUAUGGAAUCAGAACUUCAGAGUUACAGAGAGAAAUAUGGAGAAAUUAGGAAAGUAGGUAGCGAUCAAUGUGAAGCUGAUGCCGAUGAAUAUUACCAGGAAUGGAGAUCUCAAUCUUUGUCAUCUUUUAGUGAGAAAUCCGAGUCCCGAAGCACUUUAAAAGAUGAUCAUGAUCAUGAGUUCGAGAGCCCUUUGGUGAAGGAUGAUGAUGAUGAUUUCGAGUCAUGGAGCCCUCUGGGAACCGAUGGCAAAGAUGGUGAUCAGAGCCACUCCGGAAGGGGCACCUCAUCGUUAGAUUUUGAAACUGAAAAAUAUCAGCUUUACGAGAUGUUAAAGAAUCUUGAAAAUCAUAUCCAGACAUGUUCAAUGGAGGAUGAAUGGGAGGAUGAUGAAGAUAAAGAUAUAGUUAAAGAAAAUAGGGCAACCCUAAAUAGAGAGAUAACCAAUAGAUGCUUAAAUUUUUCUAUACUUGUUUCUAGGAUCCUGGAUGAAUGGCCUUGCUCAAGAAUGGGAGGCAGCAGUUGGUGGUCAAAGAAGCAUGAUGACCAUUGUCGGAAGCAGAUGGUAGAAGAAGGAUGAUGAUUGCUUUGUUUGGUUGUACCAUAUGGGAGGUUGUGGUCUUUCUUGUUCUUCUUUUCCUGAUUUGAACAAGUUAUGCUUCACCGGGAGUUUUUGCAUAGCACUGACUAAUCACAUAAGGCAUAAUAGAGGAAUGUGUUGCGAAAUGAAUCAUUAUAACUGUUAAUGACGUUCCUAAACCCAAGUUGGCAUUAUUAUAUUAAUGAGAUAAUGCAACAUUUUGAGAAAAGUUGUAAUUUUGCUAUGUUGUUUUAUGCAUUGCAACCUUUUUAAUUUCCUAACCAUAAGGAGGUUUUUUAGUUGAUUUAGUAUUCUCUUGUAUGGAUAUGUAUAAACUUGUUAAGAAGCGAGAAUAUAAUUUAUUCUGUCU